AUGAGAUGCGGCUGCCUUUCCUUCCGACAGCCCUACGCUGGGUUAGUUCUAAACAAAGUCAAAACAGUGGAGACUCGCUGGCGUCCUUUGCUAACAGCCUACAAGAACUGCACCGUGGCGGUUCAUAUAGCUGUUAAGGACUGGGAAGAUGACACAUGGAGAGCAAUUCUCUUGAGUAGGUUUGGUAUGACACCAGAACAAGUGCAAGAUUUGUUGGAUAAAGGGGAAAAAUUUGGCAGAGGAGUUAUUGCAGGAUUAAUUGACAUUGGAGAGACAUCACUAUAUCCAGAAAACUUGCCUCCUGAAAAGAUUCUGGAGCUGGAAAAAAAAGCUGUCCUUGGUCAUCUAGAGCAGAAAUAUUUGACUGUUGUCUCAAAUCCAAGAUGGCUCCUGGAACCAAUUCCUGCCAGAGGGGGACAAGGUGUGUGGCAGGUGGACAUCCCUGAAGAACUCAUCCCUUCAGAAGUGUAG